CCUCCUCUCUCUUGGCUAUAUUCUUAUUUUGUUCAAAGAGGAAGACAAUCACCAGAAACAGCUCAGGGAAUUCAGGAGCUCUUCUCUCUCUCUCUCUCUCUCUCUCUCUCUCUCUCUCUCUCUCCUCCUCCUCCUCCUCCUCCUCCUUCACCUCCCUCUGUCUUUACCAGAUCCAUUUCUCAUUCUUUUUCACAAUUUUUUGGGGGACCCAAUAAUCGCUUCAAUUGGAACAGGUCAAGGUUCCCUAACAGGCGAUAUUCGUUUGAUUGGAUCGUGGGUUUUGCUGCUGUUGUCGAUUGCUAUUGAUUCGGAAAUCGUGUUACGAUGAAGAAAGUCUUUGAUCAAACUGUUAGGGACUUAAAGAGAGAGGUGAACAAGAAGGUCCUGAAAGUUCCUGGAAUAGAACAGAAGGUUCUUGAUGCUACUAGUAAUGAGCCCUGGGGUCCUCAUGGAUCACUUCUUGCCGAAAUUGCACAGGCAACCCGAAACUAUCAUGAAUACCAAAUGAUAAUGGCUGUCAUUUGGAAGCGGUUAAGUGAUACUGGAAAGAACUGGAGGCAUGUUUACAAGGCUUUAAUUGUCUUGGAAUACAUGGUGGCAAAUGGGUCAGAACGUGUCAUCGAUGAUAUUAAGGAGCAUGCUUAUCAAAUAUCGACAUUGUCCAGUUUUCAAUACAUUGAUUCCAGUGGAAGGGACCAGGGAAGUAAUGUCAGAAAGAAGUCUCAAAGUCUUGUGGCUCUUGUCAAUGAUAAAGAAAGGAUAAUUGAGGUUAGACAGAAAGCAGCUGCUAACAGGGACAAGUUCCGUAAUACAGCAUCAACAGGUGGAAUGUAUAGGCCCGGUUCCCAUUCAAGUACAGGAGGAUAUGGUGACAAAUAUGACGAUGAUCGUUACGAAGGCCGCUACGGAGGCAGGGAUGAAGAUAGGAAUGGCUAUGGGAGGGAAAGAGAAUGGGGCAAUAGGGAUGAUGAUCGGUACAGUCGUGACGGAGAUCGUUAUGGUAGAGAAUAUGAUGAACGCAACGGGAGAGAAGGUUACAGGGAUGAUGAUUACCGAGGAAGAAGUCAAAGUGUUGAUGAUUACCCUCAUGGCUCUAGAAGUAGAAGCUCUGAUAGAGAGAGGGAGCGUUCAGUUGAUGAUGAUGGUCAAUAUUCCUCUCGUGGUAGUGGUGCUAAAGCUGAUGACCAAUCCCAGGAUGGAAGGCUAAGUAGGAAAUUUUCUGAACAAAACAUUGGGGCUCCUCCUAGUUAUGAGGAGGUUGUAAGUGAAUCUCGAAGCCCUGUUCACAGCGAAAGGGGUGGUGAAACUCCAACAGCUUCUGCUCCUAGGGCUUCAUCUCCACCUUCAAACAAUAAUCCAAGCCAAGCAACCAGUAUUCAUGUUACUUCUGCAUCUAAUCCAAGCCAAGCAACCAGUGUUCAUGUUGCUUCUGCAUCACCUGCAAAACAGGAAGUGGAGCCUUCAGAUGAAUUUGAUCCACGUGGUUCUGUUUCAGCUACCCCAGCUCCCCAAGCUGCCCCAGCUGCCCCAGCUGUCCAAGCAGCCCCGGUUAUCUCAAACAAUGUUGAGAUGGACUUACUAGGUUCCCUGUCAGACUCAUUCUCUUCAAAUGCAUUGGCCAUUGUACCGACUACACCUUCUACUGCUACAUUUGAAGUUGAUCCCCAUGCGAACUCUAGUUCUACAACCACAUUUACGGCAACUCCGCCAGCAUCUAAUGUUAUGAAUCAGUCAUUUGAAGAUCCAUUCGGUGACUCCCCCUUCAAAGCUCUCCCUUCCAGUGAGACGGUCCAACCUCAAACACACACUUCCACGUCCACAGACUCUUUCCCACCAACUGUGAACCAGAGUGCAGAUACAGCUUCCAACUUUCCCUUUGGGGAUUCAUUUUCUGCUGCAAAUUAUUCGUCAUCUGGUGUUUCCAGUGUUCAAACUCCAACAAACUCACAAUUUACGUCUCAAGAACAGUCUACUGAAAACAUGGAUAUUCUUGCUGAUAUUUUGCCACCUACUGGACCUUCACAGCAGUCCUUUUCAGGUCCAACAGGUCAACAUCCACAGCCAAGUGCUAAUAUGUAUGGGAAUUUUCAUGUGCAGCCAGGAUCUGUAGUCCCUCAUAAUCAAACUGGAUUUGCUGGACAAUACAGCAGUGGGGGUUUUCCGUCACAGGGAGGGCCUACAGCUCCCAUCACUUCACAUGGGGCUCCUCAAACUCCAACAGGGCCUACUGCACAGUUUAACAAUGGAAAUUUCAUUCCACAACAAGGUGGGUUUUCAGCUCCCAACAGCGGAAACUAUUUUUCACAACAGGGAGGUUACAUGGCUCCUCAUGCUCAUAAUGGACCGGCUGCACAACUUAAUGGUGGGAACUUCCAUCCACAAGGGAACUUCCAUCCUCAAGGUUCUGUCGGCCCAGUAGCUUCACAGGCCACUACUCAAAUUCCACCUGGACCAGGUUUGCAACAUAAUAGUGAUGUUCUGGGCAACCUUUUAUCACAAAAAGGACCAAACACCUCAAUGGGUUCCCAGCAACCGCUGUCAUCAUCAACAGGGGCACUUGCUAUAGUUGCUCAACCACCUAAAGACAGCAAGUUUGAACCGAAGUCAGCAGUUUGGGCUGAUACACUCAGCAGAGGCCUAGUUAAUUUAAAUAUAUCUGGAGCUAAAAUUAAUCCAUUGAAUGAUAUUGGAAUUGAUUUUGAUUCCAUUAAUCGGAAGGAAAAGAGGAUGGAGAAGCAGCCGGCAACUCCUGCAACAUCUACUAUUAACAUGGGUAAAGCCAUGGGAUCUGGUUCUGGAAUUGGCCGUGCAGGUGCAAGUGUUCUUAGGGCUCCACCAAACGCGAUGAUGGGUUCAGGUAUGGGCGGGGGGAUGGGUCCGGGCAUGGGAAUGGCUAUGGGUAUGGGUGGGGGUCCAGGUGGAGGUAUGGGCAUGGGUGGCUACGGUGGCACGAAUCAACCCAUGGGUAUGGGGAUGGGGAUGAACAUGGGAAUGGGAAUGAAUAUGGGCAUGGGGAUGCAAGCGCAAACCGGAUUACCUCCUGGUUCAAACAUGCCUCCCGGCUAUAACCCCAUGAUGGGCGCAGGUGGUUAUCCUCAGCAGCCAUAUGGCGGUGGCUACCGAUGAAAUUGAUGAAAGUAAGUCGAUACAUAUUUGAUUUGAAACAAAAGUCGUGUAAUUUUUAUGUGGGGAUGUGAUGUAUCUCUGUAACUCCGCAUUUCGUAUGGGUCACAAGAGAGUGUUCUCCUAUAUAGGUGCAUUGCCUGGCUGGUUUGAGCAGCUGUUGUCUUGUUUGUGUAGUGUUGGGGAUAACCCGUCUCAGGUUAUCGUUUCGGUCCUUUUUUUAUCGGAGAUAUAUAUUCUUUUUGCCAGAUUGUGUAAACAUUUAUCGCGAUGUUUGGCUACGAACACAAACGAAUAAGUUUUGAUUCAUUCUACAA